UGGAAAGUGGGCGGAGCUAAAUGACCAUUGUUGGAGAGUUUUACUACUACACACGAUUAAACACACAUUUUGGCGAAUUUAAACAGGAUAAAGGCGAUUCUGUCAGCAGGUUUAUUUAUAUUUUCACUUGUCUGCAUACAGUGGUGUAAAAGUUGACUUGUCGACCAACGGAUUAUUACUGUGGUGGUUGUUUACGAGGGUCGUUGCGGUUAUGAUGCUGUGUUGUAUGUAGUAUACCUGGAUAACGUUGACAUUUGCAGGUAGAUACACACAGGUAAACCAGGUGUGUUGAUGCAUUGCGUGCGUCUCAUUACAUAUCGAUUUAAUUAGUGAUCUGAACAGCUGCAUAAAGGGGUAUCUCGUAAGGAAGUUUGGCCCAGACAAUGUUGUGUAAAGUUCUGUGAAUGGAACUGCGUGAUGGCCAAACGAUUAAUAUUCCUGUACAUUGCACUGUGUUGUACGGGUAUUAUUGCCUCUGCUACAACCAUAAAGAUAGCAUAUAGCACAACUGAGGAGAGUGGCAGCGAUGACGUCAUCGGAAAUACUGCUGUAGAUGCUGGACUUGCUAGCCUAGUGGCCGAUUCCGAGGAGUUACAAGCGUUAAAGUUUAGUUUGCUUAAGCAAGGGAAUCCGGACGCCUCUAGAUUUUACGUUGACGAGAAUACUGGAGAUCUGCUAACAUCGGAGUCUUUAGACAGAGAUGUUAUAUGUGCCUUUGUUACCACGGGUUCGGACUGUUAUCUUAACAUGUUCGUUAUUGCACGAACAUCAACUGGAAGCUUCUUCAAGAUUGAAAUUCAAAUAUUGGUUAUAGAUAUCAACGAUAACACGCCGACAUUUGACGAAGACGUGGUCAGUCUUUCCGUACCGGAAGGGACGGAACUGGGCACAUCGUUUGACCUGGAUGGUGCCCAGGACCCUGACAGUGGUGUUUACACAAUACAAUCGUACAGUAUUAAUUCCAAUGACUCUCCAUUUGUGGCCAAAGCUGACCAAUUCCCUAACGGCCAAUCCAUGUUGCUGCUGAUUGUUAAUGGAACGCUGGACAGGGAGAAAACGGAAUCAUAUAUGCUUCAUAUAUUGGCAUAUGAUGGAGGUCAGCCUCCAAAUACAGGCUCAAUCAUGGUCAACGUCACUGUGACGGAUGUCAACGAGUUCCGGCCAAAUUUUACACAGUCUGUGUAUAACGUCACUAUUAUGGAGGACCAUGACGUAGACGGCAGCAUAACGACGGUUCAAGCCAUCGAUCCGGACGGCGGUGUCAACGGAGAAGUUCUAUACUCACUAAGCCCACUGCAGUCUGCUGCAGUCCUAGAAAGGUUCCGAAUAGACUCAACUAAGGGAGUGAUAACCUUACGCACAUCCCUAAUGGAGGACAGUAAUGAGGGGUACCGAGUGAUAGUAGAGGCUUACGACAGGGCAAAGCAACCAAUGAUGUCACAGGCUCAAGUUUUCAUCAAAGUGAUAGACAAUCACAACAACGUGCCGACCAUCAGGGUUGACCUUUUGUCAAACACUAACUUUGCCGAGAUCUCGGAACACGCGAGCCAGGGGGCAGCUGUCGCUCAUGUUGCUGUGACAGACAAGGACACUGGGGCUAAUGGUCUAGUAGUCUGUAACGUCUUAAACGACAACUUUCGAAUUCAAAAAUACGAAGAUAUGGAAUAUAAAAUAGUUGUGUAUACGUCACUCAAUCGUGAGGUAGCGGAGGAAUAUAACGUAACGGUGAAAUGUGAUGACGCUGGAACUCCGCCAAAACACGUGACGUCGACUUUCAGGGUGCUUGUGCUUGACGAGAACGAUAACGCACCAAGGUUCACACAACAGAAAUACUUUGCCCAUAUAAGGGAAAACAACGUGAUUGGUCAAAAAGCAGUUACAGUAACUGCGACAGACAUCGACAAGGGGACUAACGCUCUCGUGACGUACGCUUUGGCCCCUACAAACAACGGAAGGUUCCAGGUACAACCGGAAACAGGUCAGAUAUCGGUAAACAUUCAGCUCAAUAGAGAGGUACAGGGGCAGUACAGCUUCCAGAUCAUGGCUGUGGAUAAGGGAACUCCAGCAUUGACCGGAACUGCCGUCGUGUAUGUCAUCGUGGAGGAUGAAAAUGAUAACUCGCCAACAUUUGGUGAGAACCAUUUCCACUUCUAUGUCCAGGAGAAUCUCGCGGUGAACACAAGUAUCGGUAUAGUGAGUGCUUACGAUAUUGACCUCGGUGACAACGGGGUGAUUGAGUAUGCAUUAUCAUCUCUAACGGAAGUACCGACGCCGUUCUGGCUAAUGGAAAACGGAAGUAUCAUGACGUCGGCGGUUCUAGACCGUGAGGUAGUGGAACGGUAUGACCUCACGAUGACGGCGCUGGACCGAGGUGACCCGCCUCGCGAGGGGUCAGCCAUCAUCACAGUACACGUGAUCGACGAUAAUGACAAUGGACCCAUCAUCAUGUUCCCGUCCGAGACGAACAGCUCCGUCUCCAUCCCGUACGAAACACCACAAAACCGAGUCAUCAGUACCAUUGACGCGUACGAUAAAGACUCGGGUCUUAAUUCAAAGCUAUCAUUUUUCACCAGAGACUUAAAUAUUUCGGAGUACUUUUUAUUAAACAGUUUUUCUGGAGAGAUUUACCUUAUAAAAAGGCUUUCACCAUCAGAUAUCGGGAUGUAUUCCUUUGAGGUACUGGUGCAGGACGGGGGCAUGUUUCCGCUCUACGCCACUCGGACAAUGACCAUCACCAUUACGGACAGUUUGACCAGUGAAAGUUUCCCCAGAUAUGUCACGAUAGCAAUCUGUAUUUCAGUCAUCACCUUAUUUCUGGCAGUACUUUUAUUUUUUGCCAUAUACCUUGUGAGGCGAAACGACAUGAGGAAACCAGGCAGCUUUGACAAACAGGUCGACGACAGUUUCUCGGACAAGACAAGACAAGACGAGGCUGAGGCCGGAUUUGGGGACUUGACCCUCGACCGGAACUGUAAUGUGUAUACCCAACAGACGUUCAGCGUGAUCGGUAUCCCCAGAAGGCCCCCCAUCGACCGGUCCAUAUCGUUGCAAGUGCCAAUUGAACAUGAUACACCCAAUUCCAUCCACCCGAGCGAUGAUCCCGUGUGGACUCCCCCUGGUGGCGAGAUUAACGAUGACGAAAGGCACCAUAAUCAGCUGAUCAACCUACAGUUCCAGCAGUCCCUUCUGCGGAUAAAGAGCUGCAAGCGGUCUAAUUCCAGCGUGACAAUUUGAGGAGCAGUUAUGGAUCAGCUACGAAGAAAAUGUUAUGGGCAAUUUUAUGAUUUGCAAGAUGAAUGAUUCCAUUUAACUACAUUUUUAUCGACUUCAUUACAAUCAUCGUCCAUAAACUGACAUCAUGAAUCAUUUGGAACUCUUUCGUGCUGGAGGAGAACUUAUAAUCAUGUGAAAGUCUUUAAUGGCCCAUCAGCUAGUUUAUUUACAAAAAUGUAGGUAGUUAUGACUUUUCUAGACCUUAGAUUAGGAAUAAUGUUGAAUAAGAAAGGAAUGAUGUGAAAGUGGUCAAAAUUGACCAGUGAUUGACCACAAUCAGCGUUGUCAAAAACGCCUUAUAGACUCCGAAGUAAAGACAACCGCGGAAAAUAUUCAUUGAUAGUCAAUCGACACCUUACAUCGAUGAUUGGUCUCUUGGAAGACCUAUCAGCAUCGAAAAAGUUUACUAAGCCUGACCAUCCAGCCCGGAACACGGCCAAUAUCUGACCAAUAGGUGCGCCAGGACAAUCAUCCCUACAAAAUCUCCAUUUUAACAAUAUGACCGUUACGAAUGCGAGUGGGUGUGAUGUUGGUCACAGCAAGAGUUGCCUUAUUGAUCGUCUCCGGGCGUGUCCGGACAGGUGGACAUCCCCCGGAUAACUCCGAACAAGUGAUGAUAUGGACACGUCAUAAUUCAUACAGAAAUGUUGAUCUCAUUACGGACAAAUGAUCAUUAAACUGGACACGUGUCUCCGGACAAUUGUUACGUGUACGGAAGCAUUACUGGACAUUGGGCAUCCAUUACCUUAACGACCUACAAUGUAUCUCCUUCUCCGGACACUCGGAUGAAAGUGACCAGUCAUGUUAGGACAUUAGGAAACACUUGACGGCCGUGUUACACCUGUACCUAGCAUUAAUAAUCAUGUCGCGUGCCUGGCGGAAACUCAUGACGUCAUCACUUACAUGUACAGGUAGCUAAUUAAUAACCACAUCGAUCUCAUAGUGCCUCUUACCUCUGUCUCUCUACCUGUCCAAACGUGCCAAAUAAGACUCAAUUUAUUUUUCUAAUGUUACAAAGCUCAGUUACUGUUAAUCAAAAUAAAAUGUUAUAGAAACU